GUGCUGAACGACAUCGGACAGGCCAAUGGCAUCAUCCAGAUACUUCCUGUGUUGGACUUGACAAUAGUUUCCCUCAGUUCGUCAUCGACGACGCCCUGAGUCAUCCCUAAUCUCGGAAGACAUGGCCAAUAUCAACACCCUGGUCCAAGCCCGCUACGGCUCCGCGACAACGUUGAGUUUAGCAGCUGGCGGAGUUGAGGCCGCGAAUCCAACGUUGGCAACUCUUCUACAACACAAGUCGACUCGAAAUUUCUCUGCAGAACACCUGGAACCAGGGACGCUGGAGAUCAUUGUGGCAGCAGGCCAAAGCGCGGCCACAUCAUCCAAUUUACAGACUUGGAGCGUGAUAGCUGUUGAAGACCCGGUCCGCAAAGAUAAGGCAGCAACGCUCUGCGGAAAUCAGGACUUUAUUCGACAAUCACCCCUAUUCCUCGUCUUCUGUGCGGACCUCAACCGUCUGACCAAUUUGUCCGAGAAACAACAAUCAGCGGGCGAGGGACUCGAGUUCACCGAGAUGUUCCUCAUGGCAUCCAUCGAUGCAUCUCUCGCCGCACAAAAUGCCUCAGUCGCCGCCGAAUCUCUGGGAUUGGGGACCUGCUAUGUGGGGGCUGCUCGAAACCACUCACGGGAACUGGCUGAGUUGCUGCAACUGCCGCAACGUGUUAUUGCGUUAUUUGGCUUGGCUGUUGGUAAGCCAGACGAUACUGUGGCUGCUUCUGCUGCAGUCAAGCCUCGGUUGGGACAGGAUGAGGUACUACACCGCGAGACCUGGAGUGUGGAUAGCGAGGCCCAGUCGAGGCAUGUCACCAAGUAUGAUGCAACGCUGGCGAACUUUGACGCCCAACAACAGCGGACGGGCGCUCUGGCUUGGACACAUCGAUCUGCUCGACGAGUGGCAUCUGCGAGUUCUCUAUCGGGGCGGCAUAUUCUGCGUCAGGUCUUAGAAGAGAGGGGUUUCAAUCUUCGAUAAGGUGCAUAGGUUUUCGUUAUGUCGCGCGCCCGAGUUGUUGUGGUAUACAUACACUAGGCGCAAACGACGGCACAAAAAUCAUUCCAAUCCUAAUCGAACCUGUCUGGCCGAUCAUAUAGAACUGACCGUUAUCAUCAGGUCCUGUCGAUACCCUACUGG